UUACACGUUUCGUUACAUACACAAAAUAUAUGUAAUAUAAAAUUUCAUUAUGACGAUUAAGUUUUUAGAAAUAAUUAAACCCUUUUGUGGGAUUUUACCUGAAAUUUCUAAACCAGAAAGAAAAAUACAAUUUAGAGAAAAAGUGUUAUGGACUGCUAUAACCUUAUUUAUUUUUUUAGUUUGUUGCCAAAUCCCUCUUUUUGGUAUCAUGUCGUCUGACAGUGCUGAUCCUUUUUAUUGGAUAAGAGUAAUUUUGGCUUCAAAUAGGGGGACAUUAAUGGAAUUAGGUAUUUCACCUAUUGUUACAUCUGGUUUGAUUAUGCAGCUUUUAGCUGGAGCUAAAAUUAUUGAAGUAGGAGACACUCCAAAAGAUCGAGCAUUAUUUAAUGGAGCUCAAAAACUUUUUGGUAUUAUCAUCACAAUUGGUCAAGCUAUAGUUUAUGUUAUGACUGGUAUGUAUGGUGAUCCUGCUGAGAUAGGUGCUGGCAUAUGUUUGCUCAUCAUAAUACAACUAUUUGUUGCUGGGUUAAUUGUCCUUCUCUUAGAUGAGCUUUUACAAAAAGGAUAUGGUCUGGGCUCUGGUAUCUCCUUAUUUAUUGCAACAAAUAUCUGUGAAACCAUUGUUUGGAAGGCCUUCAGUCCUGCUACAGUUAACACAGGAAGAGGAACCGAAUUUGAGGGAGCCCUUAUAGCCUUAUUUCAUCUCUUAGCCACUCGUAGUGACAAGGUUAGAGCCCUGAGGGAAGCUUUUUACAGACAAAACCUACCCAACCUCAUGAAUUUAUUAGCUACCGUUUUGGUGUUUGCCAUUGUAAUUUACUUUCAAGGAUUCAGAGUCGAUCUUCCCAUCAAAUCGGCUAGAUACAGAGGCCAAUACAGUUCAUACCCUAUCAAACUAUUUUAUACCUCUAACAUACCCAUCAUUUUGCAGAGCGCCUUAGUUUCGAAUCUUUACGUGAUAUCUCAGAUGCUCGCUGUCAAAUUUGGGGGAAACUUUUUUAUCAACUUAUUGGGAGUUUGGGCUGAUGUCGGAGGCGGUGGUCCAGCCAGAUCUUACCCCGUAGGCGGUCUUUGUUACUACCUUUCCCCACCGGAAAAUUUUGAUCAUGUUUUAACCGACCCGGUUCACGCCGUCAUUUACGUGAUCUUCAUGCUGGGCUCUUGCGCUUUCUUCAGCAAAACUUGGAUAGACGUUUCGGGGUCAAGCGCCAAAGAUGUAGCCAAACAGCUUAAGGAACAACAGAUGGUUAUGAGGGGUCAUCGGGAAAAAUCGAUGAUUCACGAACUAAACAGGUAUAUACCGACAGCCGCAGCUUUUGGCGGUCUUUGCAUAGGGGCUCUUUCAGUUAUGGCCGAUUUUAUGGGCGCAAUUGGUAGUGGAACUGGUAUCCUUUUAGCUGUUACCAUUAUAUAUCAGUACUUUGAGAUAUUUGUCAAGGAACAAAGCGAAAUGGGAGGCAUGGGUACUCUCCUAUUUUAAAUCCGAUAAACGAAUGCAAUAAUCUUAUUUUCUUUCACCACUCAACAUGUAAAAUAUCAUUUUUAUGAUGUUCUAAACGGAUAUUAUGUUUUAUUCCCCCCUAUACACGCAAAAAUAAUAUUUAAACCAUUUUUGUAAAUGUGUAUGUUAAAUGCAGAGCCCAGAUCAUUUCAUGAUUAUAUUUAACACAAUUUUUCAGCCUUUUAUGGCGGCUUAUCAACUCAUCCCUUUAAUCAGCCAUUAAUAUACUUUUUUUAGAAUUAUUUUAAUUUUUAUAUUUCUAAAAUACAUAAAUCCAUAUAAAAAAAAUUACGCAGUUUUAUGAAUGAACUAUAUGUUUGAUUGAUUUAUUAUUUCUUUAUUAUA